AGUUUAGCUCUGAUAGAGACGAACCUUUUACCGGGCACUGAUUCAGGAUUUAGUUGCAGGCAGUGCGAAAAGCGUGAAGAUUUGAAUCCGAUUCUUCUGAGGUUUUACGACUCUACCCUAGAGACGGCUUACGGCAACCAGCACGAUUCCAAGUUCGCCUACUCGAUGGCUUGCGUGUUUGCACUUUUCAUCUGCAACGCCGGAGUACAGCUUCUGGUCUUUACCUUAUCCCUUCCUCUUAUUGGGACACUAACAUCUACCUUUGUAGUGAUUGCCACCUUGACAACUGUCACCUGGAUUCAGAGAGCUCAGCGCAGGACCAGCAACAGUCAUCAUUCCCGCUCAUUGAGUCCUUGCUCGACAGAUGUCGCCACCAGUCACGUCCUCAGAGUGAUUCUCUUCCUCAUCGCUAACACUUUCAUCUUCGCCUCAUCUUUCAUCAACAUGGUCAUCUGUGUUCCCGACGAUGGUGAGCUACGAGUAUCCUUGAAUGAAACCCUCAUUCUCUUCUCCAGGCAAUUGGAAGAUCUGCCACCUCACUGCCAGUAUGGACAGGCGCAUCUUUUCCCUGCUGUGCUGACCCUGACAACAGUAUCCUUAUUUCUUCGAUUGUCGUACAUGCUCAAACUUGUGAUCAUGGUAACGGAGGUGGUUGGGUUCUCUCUCGCCUUCACAGUAGUCAGGCCUGACCUCUUCUCGGCCACCCUUGAAGAAGUAGACGGGUUUAACAAGUUGCCUCUUUCCGUGUAUGGUAUACUAUUCCUCAUAGUUUUCCUGCUAGUUCUUCUUGUCUUAGACAGGCAGUCGGAAUCGACAGCUCGGGCGGAUUUUCUGUGGCAGAACAAGCUGAGGGUGGAGCAAGACGAAGUGGAGACCAUGGGCAGUAUCAAUAAAAUCUUGCUCGAGAACAUUCUUCCAGCUCACGUUGCUCAGCACUUCUUGUCCAACAACAGACAGACAGAAGAACUAUACCACGAGAGGUAUCGUAAUGUCGCAGUCAUGUUUGCCUCCAUUCCGAACUACAAAGAAUUCUACGAUGAGACAGACAUUAAUAAACAAGGACUUGAAUGUUUGAGGUUGCUCAACGAGAUCAUCUGCGACUUCGACAAGGUAUGUUGA